AUGAAGAUUGCAAUCAGAAGUCUUUUCUCAAUGUUCUGCGACGACGAUAUGGCACAAGUACGACAUAUCAUUGACGAUGGUGCUGUGGAAUGCAUGGAAAACAGAACUAUCGCGUUCGACCAAUGCACGUCAAAAAUGAUGGAUCUUGUCAUGAACAUGCCGGAUGAUACAAAAAGUUUUCAAGCUAUCCAAAUGUGCUAUAAGUAUGAUGAAAUGACGACCUGUGCAUUGAAUCUCUUAACCGAAUGCCCCAAGGCCUCCAUCAAGGAAUUCGUAGAGAAUGUAUUUGCUCUUUUCCGGUCAGGAACUUUUUGUCGAGUAACAGUUCCGAUUGGAGGCAACGAGGUUGAUGCUGCCGUAUAA